AUGCAUAAUGGCUGUGCCGGUGCCAAGAAGGCGUGCCGUACGAGCUCUCCGGGCUCCGGCUUCGGGGACGCGGGGAGAGGGGGAGUCAGGAACACGAGGUCGAGCCCGAAGCCGAGGACUGAGGAGCCCAGCGCUCGACCUUCCUUUUGGCUGGGGAACGAGACCUUGAAAGUGCCUGUAGCGCUCUUUGCCUUGAACAGAAGACGACUGUGUGAUCGCCUGAAACAGAACAAGGAUGUCCAGAGGAAUUCGAUUGUUCUGCUGCAGGGUGGAGAAGAAACCCAGAGAUACUGCACAGAUACUGGUAUCGUGUUUCGCCAGGAAUCUUACUUCCACUGGACUUUUGGGGUGACUGAAGCAGGCUGCUUUGGAGCAGUAGAUGUUGAUACUGGAAGAUCCAUGCUUUUUGUCCAACAACUCCCUGAGAGCUACGCUGUUUGGAUGGGGAAGAUUCACCCCCCUGAAUUCUUCAAGAACAAAUACGCUGUGGAUGAAGUCCACUAUGUGCAUGAGAUAUCCAGUGUCUUGGCUUCGAAGAAACCCGCUGUGCUCCUUACUUUGCGCGGUGUUAACACCGACAGCGGAAACAUCUCCAAAGAAGCUUCCUUUGAGGGGAUCAGCCAAUUCAAUGUGAACAACAAAAUCCUUCAUCCUGAAAUUGCAGAAUGUCGCGUGAUUAAGACAGACAUGGAGUUGGAAGUUCUGCGCUACACCAAUAAAAUCUCCAGUGAAGCUCAUAAAGAGGUAAUGAAGGCAGUGAGGGCGGGCAUGAAAGAAUACGAGAUGGAGAGCCUGUUCCAGCACUACUGCUACACGCGGGGCGGCAUGCGGCACACCUCCUACACCUGCAUCUGCGGCAGUGGGGAGAACUCCUCUGUCCUGCACUAUGGCCACGCCGGAGCCCCCAACGAUAAGACUAUUGAGGAUGGAGACCUGUGCCUGUUCGACAUGGGAGGAGAGUAUUACUGCUACGGCUCCGACAUCACCUGCACCUUCCCUGCCAAUGGCAAGUUCACCCCUGACCAGAGGGCCAUCUACGAGGCCGUGCUGAGGUCCUCGCGGGCGGUGAUGAGCGCCGUCAAACCAGGGGUCGCCUGGCCUGAUAUGCACCGUCUGGCUGACAGAGUCCAUCUGGAGGAGCUGACUAAAAUUGGCAUCCUGAAAGGCAAUGUAGAUGACAUGGUGAAGGUUCAUCUGGGUGCAAUAUUUAUGCCACACGGACUUGGACAUCUACUUGGAAUCGACGUGCAUGACGUUGGAGGCUACCCAGAGGGAGUGGAGCGCAUCGACCUGCCGGGGCUGCGCAGCCUGCGCACCGCCCGCAGCCUGCAGCAGGGCAUGGUCCUCACCAUCGAGCCGGGCAUCUACUUCAUCGACCACCUCCUGGACCAAGCCCUGCGGGACCCCGCGCAGUCCUGCUUCAUCAACAACAACGUCCUGCAGCGCUUCAGAGGCUUCGGUGGGGUGCGGAUCGAGGACGACAUCGCGGUGACGGCCAACGGGAUGGAGCUGCUGACCUGCGUCCCGCGCACCGUGGAGGAGAUCGAGGCGUUCAUGGCCGAAGCCCGAAGCGGCACCAAGGCUUUCGACGGCCUCUCCAGCCACAGGCAGUGAGCUCGGGGAGGGUGCUUAGUCUCACACUAAUUAGUUGUCACUCUGAUUUCAUGCUGCAGCGUAUCAAGUAAAAGGCAUCCAAUUCUUAAUAGCAAGAGAGGCAGGCAGGCUCUUGGCUGGAGUGAUUGAUUAAUUAAUUAAAAAUGAAUGUAGAAGGCUUCACGCUCGGUGUCCAGGUAUCAAAUGCUGCUGCUCCCGUCAGCAGGUUCCGUUCCCGAGUUACCACCCCAGUGACCUGCUGCCUUGUCAGGGGGACUGACGCUUCUGUCAGAUCCCAGCUCGACAUAUCUUGCAAUUAAAUCUGAGUUUUGAUGAUUGGGACUCUUUAAAAUACCAGAUAGAUUAUCUGAACGCUGUCAGUAAUUGUUCCCACCAAAGUCCUUUCUUAAAUUCAUCACAAGCACCACAAAAAACCCAGGAGAAGAAUCAGCAGUACGCGGGAGACAUAAUGACACUUAUAUUUUUCUUACAGAUCUUAUUUCAGUGUCAAUGGAGUAAGCACAAUCAAAUUUUUAUUAAAAUUUGUCUUUGGCAUCAUU